AGCUGUGUGAGGAGGUGGUAGUUGCAGCGGCGGCGGCAGCCACAGCAGCCGUAGCAAUGGCCACGGUGCGGGAAAAGGCGGCCGCGCUGAACCUCUCGGCUCUCCACAGCCCCGCGCAGAGGCCUCCCGGUUUCAUUGUGGCCCAGAAGCCAUUUGGAGCCACAUAUAUAUGGAGCAGCAUUAUAAACACCCUUCAAACACAAGUGGAAGUGAAAAGACGAAGGCACCAUUUAAAACGACACAAUGACUGCUUCAUUGGUUCUGAAGCUGUGGAUGUCAUUUUUUCUCAUCUAAUUCAGAAUAAGUAUUUUGGUGAUGUAGAUAUUCCUCGGGCCAAAGUGGUGAAAGUAUGUCAAGCACUUAUGGACUACAAAGUAUUUGAAGCAGUUCCAACCAAAGUCUUUGGAAAAGACAAAAAACCUACAUUUGAAGAUAGUAGUUGCAGCCUUUAUAGGUUCACAACAACGAUACCUAACCAAGACAGUCAAAUAGGCAAAGAGAACAAACUGUAUUCACCUUCCAGGUAUACAGAUGCAUUAUUUAAGUCACCUGAUAUCAAAUCAACAAGUUUAGAGGAUCUGUGGAAAAAUCUGAGUUUAAAGCCAGCUAACACCCCUCAUGUAAAUAUCUCUGCAACCUUGUCUCCAAAAGUUAUUAAUGAAGUAUGGCAAGAGGAAACAAUUGGGCGACUACUACAACUUGUCGACCUUCCACUUCUAGACUCCUUACUCAAACAGCAAGAGGUUGUACCUGACAUUCCUCAACCCAAGAGGCAGCCUGACUUGAUCUUCAACAGUAGCUAUCUGGAUCGAGGGAUUCUCAAGGCUUAUAGUGACUCUCAGGAAGAUGAGUGGCUUUCUGCAGCAAUUGACUGCUUGGAAUAUCUUCCAGACCAGAUGGUGGUGGACAUAAGCAGAAACUUUCCUGAGCAACCAGAUAGAACAGACUUAGUAAAAGAACUUCUGUUUGAUGCCCUUGGCAAAUACUACAGUACUAGGGAACCUCUGUUAAGUCACUUAUCUGAUGUUCAUAAUGGAAUUGCAGAACUCUUGGUGAAUGGGAAGACUGAAAUAGCAUUAGAAGCUACUCAGCUCUUUCUAAAGCUUUUGGAGUCUCAAAAGAGAGAAGAAUUUAGAAGACUGCUGUAUUUCAUGGCUGUUGCAGCACAUCCUUCGGAAUUUAAAUUACAGGAAGAAAGCGACAACCGAAUGGCUGUGAAAAGGAUAUUCUCAAAAGCUAUCAUUGACAAUAAAAAUGUAUCCAAAGGCAAAACUGAUCUUCUAGUACUCUUUUUAAUUGAUCAUCAAAAAGAUGUAUUUAAGAUUCCCGGAACUCUACAUAAAAUUGUUAGUGUUAAGCUCAUGGCCAUACAGAACGGAAGAGAUCCAACCAGAGACACAGGAUAUAUUUAUUGCCAGAGAAUGGAUCAAAGUGACUAUUCUGACACUACACAGAAGACAACCAAAGAUGAGCUGUUGAAUUUACUAAAAACUAUUGAUGAAGAUUCAAAACUGUCUGCCAAAGAGAAGAAAAAAAUGCUAGGUCAGUUCUAUAAGUGUCAUCCGGACAUUUUUAUUGAAUAUUUUGGAGACUGAGUUUCUGAAGUCAAUAUAUAACUUGUAUAUUUUAAGAAUAAAUUAUGUAUACUAAAGAUCCUAUCAUUUGUAAGGUUGGAAGUUCUUUUAAAUAUGAAACUAUACUUAAUAAAAAUUUUUUUUACAA